GCAUCCACGCAACAACGCUCCGCGCGAGAGUUACGCAGCGAUUCGCCGACGCCCCCACCAGAAACAAGCAACAACAACAAGCUGAGAGGGAGCCCAAGAGCGAGGCAGCAAGAGUGAGGGAGAGAGCAGACUGGGAGCUGCCGAGAGAAGCGAACAAUUAGACCCCUUUAGACGCUGCAUAAUGCUAAUGGCGUUGACAGUUCGCAUCAUCAUCGCGGCAACCGCAAAAGUUUCGUUCGCCGCCGCUGUCAAUCGCUUAUCGAAGCGGUACGGUCACGCUUCAAUCGCCGCCGCGCUCCAGUUUAUCAAUGUCAGGCCGACGGAUGCCAACCGGUGAAGCAUUACAGAUACCUCAGCUAUCUGCCGGAACAGUGCGUGCGUGUGUUAGCCAGUGACCACUGUACGCGAUCGAUUAAACUCAAUGGUUGGCACAGAAAAAGCGCAAAUAGAUUCUACAGAGACUUCGGAUUCAUCCAAAAUCCGGGCUAGAAAUCUUCAACCUUGUACUUUAUUUAUAUAUUUUUUUUUUUUAAAUAAUUAUACCCCUACCAAAUGGUCACCUGCGGUCGCCAAACCUUCAACAUGCUGCCCAUGGCGCCGACGAGUCCUUUUGUCAGUAGCAGCAGCUCCUCAACGGCCUCCACUUCCGUUUCGGUGAGCGCCGCUUCCGCUUCCGCCUCCGCCAGUAAGCCCAAGUUGGCCUUCAGCAUCGACUCAAUUGUGGGUGAAACGACGUCGAGAUCCGCUCCUCUGCGAGUCAGUGUGAUAUCCUCGCCGCCGCCACGCAGCGAAAGUCCUGCCUCACCCACAAACACCAAUACCAGCGGACGAAGGACGCCCAGAGGGUUUAUUUACUGUCGCCGAAGGGACUCCCUCGAUAGAUCCAGAAGCCCUCCUCGUUCGCCACCCAGCCGCUCGCCAACGCCUCCAAACGCUGCGGCAUCUCCCCCGAAAUCGGUGGACCCCCAACAGCCGGGAGCCGGGAAUCCGCCGCCACCCCAAAUCGGAACCCUCAUCCGUCCGUUGCCUCUGCCGGCGCCAAACUUAGCUUUAAUCCAAAACCGCACCUCACCCACUUCUCUGGCGGUACGAGCGGCGGGAGCGCCUCCUCCACCGCCUCCCUUUCUUGCCGCCCAGUUCCAAAUGGCCGCCGCCCUGGCGCACCAUCACCACCAGCAGCAGCAGCAACAACAGGGUCCGCACCCACAUCCUCCCGUGCCAACAGGACCGCCCCACGGUCCACAUCCGCAUCUGCCGCCCGGCCAAAUACCGCUCGGCAUUUUCCCGGGCGGGCCCCAUCCCGUACAUCCAUCGCCCCACGGUCACCAUCCCUUCGGUGGACCUCCGCAUCUGAUACGCGACAGUUAUCCACUGUAUCCCUGGCUGAUCAGCCGACAUGGACGCAUUUUUCCACGAUUUCCUGGCAAUUUUCUGUUCCAGCCAUUCCGUAAGCCGAAACGCGUUCGUACCGCCUUCUCGCCGACGCAGUUGCUCAAGCUGGAGCACGCCUUCGAGGGGAAUCACUACGUGGUGGGAGCAGAGCGAAAGCAAUUGGCCCAGGGACUCAGUCUGACCGAAACCCAGGUAAAAGUUUGGUUCCAAAACCGCCGUACCAAGCACAAGAGGAUGCAACAGGAGGGCGGCGAUGGCAGCGACACGAAGAGCAACAAGGGCAGUUCCUCGGGAGGCGGUGGAGGUGGUGAUGGCGAGGAUGAUGCCAAGAACGAGGGAUCCCAGCACAGCUACGAGGAUGGCGAGGAUCAGGAAGACGACGACGAGAUCGAGGAGGACGACGAGGACGAAGUGAUCGACAUGGACGACUACGGCAGCGAAAUGGAUGCGGAGGAGCAUCAGAGACUACGGGAGCAGUUCCAGCAACAGCUAGCCCAGCACCAGCAACAGUUCCUCCAGCACCAGCAACAGCUUAAUCCGGGCGAGAGUCCCCAGGCUCUCAGUCCCCAGCAACAGCAUCAGUUGCUGCAGCAGCACCAGCAACACUUGCAGCAGCAACACCAGCAGCAGCAGCAACACUUCCUCCAGCAGCAGCAACUCUAUCUGAGGGAGCGAGAACGGGAGCGAGAGAGGGAUCGAGAAAGGGAAAGAGAUGGAGAUAGGGAAAAGUAGAAUUUUGGAUCUACCAAGGACUAAGGUCUCUGCUAUUUGUGUUCCUUUAAACUUUUGUAAAUUAUUUGUCAAGUGUGUAUAGAAUAAUGAAAACUGUUUAAUAACU